CUUGCAUAUACUUUGAUUUGAUGCUGCACUCAAAUGAUAAUAUUAUAGAUAAUGCAUGCUUCAAUCAUACCCUGAUGGGAGGUAUUUUGAGGAAUGUACAAGUGUCCGACCUGUUGCUACUGAUCUUCCACGUGCUGAAUCGACGGAAUCUUACGAAGGGCAUACUUUGGUCUACGAGCCUGAAAAUCGAAUGAGCGACUGCUUUCUACAGCGUUAUUCGACAUCAGUAUUUAACCUGGAAGCGUUUGAAUAAGAAGACAAAUUCGAAUGCAUGGGUCUACAAUCAUCCGUUACGGAUAUUGUAGUAUACGUUAUGUUAUGACAUUUAUGUCAUCGGCUGUUUAGGUGAGUGUAUCGCAAAUAACAGCAGGCAGACUAUAUAAUUUCCUUUAACUUGCCAUAUACAGCCGGUUAUACACUUUAAGGACAUUGAAUGAGUUCAAGAGCGCAGUCUUUGUAGCGCGCGAUAAGCUAAAGAAACGGCAUUGAAGAAUUCUUUCAAGACGAAAUGC